CAGACCUGCGCCCUCUUGUGGUUCCUAACAGUAACACAUGCCGGCUGGUAGUUUCCGGUAGUAUGGCGUCCGCAUCCCUAAAUGCACUCAUUCCCUCUCCUUAGUUUUUCCAAGGAGGUGCUGAGAGCCAGUGUGGUUCCUUCCAUGUGGCUUGAGGGACUAUGCUGCUGCUGGUAGCUCUGUGCCUGGUCUGCACUUAUAAAACCAUCUCGGCCGCAGACAGCGGGCAGGACAGCAGCCGCACACCACAGCUGGACUACAGCAGCCUGGCGCUGCCUCAGCAGCAUAUUCCUUUCUUUCUGCACAACAACAAACGACUGGCCAAACUAUGCAAGGAGGACCCGCUUUGCCCUUUUAAAGACGCUCUGCUGCUCAAGAAGGCCUGCUGGGGGUAUGAAAAGAGCUGCUCCCCUGAGCACAGGUUCAGCUAUCCUGUGUGCACCAGUUUUGACUCGGGAUGGGCAAACUCUAUUCAGGCUGCCCAGGAACUGUUCUGGAAGCAGGCGGAUUUUGGCUAUGUGAGGGAGCGUCUCAGUGAGAUGAAGACUUUGUGCAAGCCUAUGAGUCCUGGUGAUUCCUCUCUGAAGUGCACCAGUCAUAUGCGGUUCUGUAGGGCCGUAAACCUGUUCCUGGACCUGAGGAGUCCCCGCAGAGGUCAUGAGAGGUAUAAAGAGGAUUUCCUGGAACAGGGUGAGAUCGGUGGUCACUGCAGCCUUGAUAGUAAAGCACUAGCCACAGAAGGGAUGCACAAGAGUCCUCUUCAGUCUUGGUUUGCUGAACUGCAGAUGUACUCAGAGCUUGACUUCCAUCCCCUGGAUGAUGGCCAUUGUGAUGUUAUUAUCGACAGACCAACCAUCUUCAUGAAGCUGGAUGCAGGAGUGAACAUGUACCAUCAUUUCUGUGACUUUGUCAACCUCUACAUCUCUCAACACCUCAACAAUUCCUUCAGCCGUGACAUAAACAUUGUCAUGUGGGACACAAGUUUGUAUGGAUAUGGAGACCUGUUCAGUGAAACAUGGCGGGCUUUUACCGAUGAUGACAUCAUUCACCUCAAAAACUUUGACUCCAAAAGGGUGUGUUUCAGAGAUGCGUUUUUCUCACUCCUUCCAAGAAUGCGAUAUGGCCUUUUCUACAACACCCCUCUUAUCUCUGACUGCCACAGCGAGGGGCUGUUCAAGGCGUUUUCCCAGCAUGUCCUGUAUCGACUUGGUGUCCCACAAGAUGGACCGAAGGAGGGCCAAGUCCGUGUCACACUGUUGGCAAGAAGCACUGAGUACCGUAGGAUAAUAAACCAGCAGGAGCUUAUCAAUGCCCUGAAGACUGUGCUUUUAUUUGAGGUCAAGCUGGUGGAUUACAAAUACAAAGAGAUGCCGUUUCUGGAGCAGAUCCGUGUCACACACAACUCUGAUAUCUUCAUUGGGAUGCAUGGAGCCGGACUGACCCACCUCCUCUUUCUUCCCGACUGGGCCGUCAUAUUUGAAUUGUACAACUGUCAAGAUGAGAGCUGCUACCGUGAUCUGGCCCGACUGAGGGGAGUCCAUUACAUGACUUGGCAGAAAAGGGACAAAGUGUUCCCCCAGGAUAAGGGUCACCACCCUACUCUUGGGGAACAUCCUAAGUUUACCAACUACACUUUUGAUGUUGAGGAGUUCAUGCGGUUAGUCCUUCUAGCAGCUGAAUAUGUGACCCGGCACCCGGCGUGGCGCGCAAAACAGGCUCGAGAUGAACUGUAGCCUGUAAGACGUGGUGGUCUCCUGCCAGGAGAUAGAUGAACACACUCCUAUGAACUCUCUGCACUCUGUAAAUGUAGCGGUGUUAACGAAAAGCGAAUGGAAUUUUAAAUGUAUCCAAAAAAUGUGCUGUCCUCAAGCGGUCUUGUUUUGCACAUGGAGCUGUUGUGUACCUUGGCAGACAAAUUGUUUUGACAUAUUGUUGAUGUAUUUUGUGUGGUCUUAAUAUACCUCUCCCCAAGUAUAUGUGGGCUUUUUUAAGAGACUACACUUUUAAACCUGAUUUGAGUGCAGCUUUGUAAUGGCAAGGGUUUUGAAUUUCAAUACAUGGAGCAAAUUCUAGGUCAGUAGAUUAUUACAAGAUAGUAAGAUGUCUUUAAACAGUUAAGGAGGCUUCAUCUAAGGAGAUUACAUCAGCUUCAUAUUUAUUACAGUGUCCGUUACUUUUACUUUUAUUUGUGUUCAGUGAAAAUAGUCAUCUUGUAAAUGUUAAACUAUGUUAAGGGAUUCAUGGCUCCAGUCCUGUUGCACCGAUUGAGAUACUGGUUCAGUAUUGCUCCAUUUUAUACAUUUUUUUUUUUUUUUUUUUAUCAGUGUUACGAUCCUCAGACCCGUCAAAAAGUGGCGAAACUGUAACAAAAGUUGCUGAAUUUUUAGUGCUGGUUUGAGCUAAAAGAGUUUUUGAAAAUAUCUGUUUUGUAUUGAAUGGAAUUUUAAACUGAAAUGAAACUCUUUAAAAUGUUGUGUACAUGAUUUCAUCAUCGUUCUCACAUACAUUGACAAAAAAUGACAAAUACAAAAAAACUUUAUUUAUUAAUCACUAAAUGUAGCCUUUAUCAUAAUGGUAAAGAAUAAAGAAUGGCUUUCAGUGACUUUG